AUGGAUGCAGGAAAUACCGCCAUAGAAAUGGAACUGGAUACUUCCGGUGAAAUGAAUGAUAUAACAAAAAAUGCUGUUUGCGAAACUGACGACAGCAACGAGAAGCGGAAAGCUAAGAAGAAACACAAGCAUAAACACAAACAUAAUGAUUCCAGUCAUGACGAGGAAAGCAAAAGACAUCACCAUAAAAAAAAGAAAGAUAAAAAGAUAAAGAAACAUAAGAAAAGUAAGAAAAAAAAGAAGACGGAUGGCGAUAAAGAGUUUAGUGAUGUUGAACUCGAUGAUCUGGAAAAACCGAAGGAAGUACUAGAGAAAAGACUACAGAAAGACGAUGGAAAGAAAAGUAAAGGUAAUUCAGAUGAACAAACUGGUAAAUUAUCAGAAUCUGACAGCGAUAGUUUAUCUUCUCUCAGCAAAAGGGAAAGAAAGCUUGAUGAAAACAAAGAAAUAUCAUCAAAAAGUGAAGUAUCGUCUGCUAGAAAUGGAAUUGAGAAAGUAGAUGACGAUGCCGGAGCAAGUCAAAAAUUGGUGACUGAGAAAACAAUUACAAUAGAUGAAAAAGUGACAAAGAAGACAAGUCCAUCACCGGAAAGAGGGCAAAAGCGUACAUAUUCAAGAGAAUAUCUAAAACAUUCUGAACAAUACGAAUUGGCAAAGAGAAGGAGGAAAGAGAUUGAAGAGAUGCUGAAAAAUGAUGGACAAAAUAAAGAGGAUAAGAUGGAAGCCGACAAAAUGCUGGAAGAGAAGACGAAUUCGAAAAAUGAGAAAAGAGGAAUACAAGAAAUCAAGAAAGAUGAGAAGAUAGAGCUUGAAGGAAUAAAAAGGAAAUCUGUUGAGAAUAAUGAAAGCACUAAAAAAGCUGACAAUGAAGAACAUAAUUCGUCGUUUGAGCGUAAAAAUGACCGAGAGAGGCGAAAAGAAGGCGAAUUAAGUUCGAAGAAACGAACUGAUGUGAAUCGAUCGGGCGACGUUAAACGGCGCAGUUGUUCAAUUGAUAAAAAGCGUGGAUAUAAUGAAAAAACAGAGGAACGGCGAUCGGAGUCACGAGAUCGUAGAGUUCGCCGUAGUGCUUCGAAGUCCAAAGAUGAUAAACGCAGAAGUAGCUCGAGAUCAGGUCGCGUGGGGCGUGAACGAGACCGUAAUCGUGAGAGACGUUCGGACAGACGAUCCCGUUCAGUGGGACGGCGUAUUCCACGCUCCAGGUCUAGAUCUAAAGAACGACUGCGAAAGGACGGUUCGAGAUCUAGAGAUCGAACUGGUCGUGAAAGAAGCAGAUCACGCCGAAGCAGAUCUAGAGAUCGCUCCCGUCGGAGUAGAUCUCGAGAUCGUUCUCGCCCUGAAUUGAAGCGCCGCAAGGAAUCAUCUCGAGAGCGAGAAAGGCAUGAACGAGCUAGAUCGAGGGAUCGACAUAGUGACCGAGUAAAAAGUGAAUCUCGACGAGAUUCGGGCGGCAAAAAUCAAAGUCGACGCGACGAUGUCUCAAAAUCUGAAACUAAAGUGCAGAAAGACCGGAAAAUAGAACAGUAUCAUCGGGAAGACAGUGUUAGUUCGAUCGAAUGGGAAGAUCCUGACGAAAAAGAAGAAAAGAAAAUUCAAGAGCUUCGAAAACGUCGUGAGCAAAUUAUAAAAAAUAUUGAAAAGCAAAAUGAUGCGAAGGAACGGCCAAGAGCAAAAACUAAUGUCGAUGAGAUGAUAUUGAAUGAAGAUGAUCGCAAAAGAACAAAUUUCAAGGCAGAGAGUAUUAAACAAGAAAGGAAUUUUGAGAAAUCUGGAGAUGAAGAAACAUCAAGUCAAUCAACUGAUGAACAAUUACUGCGACAAGCUGAGCAGGAACUUCAGAAAAAACAUGACAGUGAUGUGUCUUGCUGCAGUAGUCCGAUUUCACCAACCGGCGAGGAUACACCUGCAGAUUUUUAUGGUGACUUGAAAGAAAAAAUGGUUCAUAUCAAGGGCCAAGAAGAAUCUGCUGUUGAUCGUGCAUUGAAGAAAGCAGUAGAAGAGGAAGCGGAAGAACUACGAAGGCAACGAGGAGAGGACACUAAACAGGAAAUGGGAAACAAAAUAUCCGAAACCUGCACCACUACUACAUUUGAUAUGUUCGCAACAGACGCCGAACUUCCUCCCGAGAUAUUGAACAAAGCUGCAAUAAUAGUUUCUGGGCAAGAACCGACUAAUGCUUCGUUGAAGGAUAAUUGGGAUGACACCGAUGGAAUUCGUAUUGGGGAGAUGCUUGAUAGUCGGUAUCGAGUAUAUGGCUAUACUGGUGCAGGAGUAUUUGGUAAUGUUGUGCGCGCUACAGAUGCAGCACGAAGUAAUACACAUGUAGCGGUGAAGAUUAUCCGCAACAAUGAAGUGAUUGAGGCUGAUCCGGAGGCUUAUAGGCGAAAGACGGGUAUGAAGGAACUGGAUAUUUUAAAGAAGUUAAAUGAAGCAGAUCGAGAUGAUCGAUAUCACUGCCUUCAGCUUUAUCGGCAUUUUUAUCACCAUCAACAUCUCUGUUUGGUUUUCGAAUCCCUGAGUAUGAAUCUUCGCGAACUACUAAAGAAGUAUGGAAAUAGUAUUGGUUUACAUAUGAAAGCAGUGCGCAGUUAUACACAGCAACUUCUAAUGGCUCUUAGGUUACUCAAAAAAUGCAAUAUUCUUCAUGCAGAUAUCAAACCGGAUAACAUUCUUGUAAAUGAUACGAAGAUGACUUUGAAAUUGUGUGAUUUUGGCUCUGGUUGUCACGUUGCUGAUGCGGAAGUAGCUCCAUAUCUUGUAUCUCGUUUUUACCGUGCACCAGAAAUAAUGCUUGGAUUACCAUACGAUUUUGGCAUCGAUUUAUGGUCGGUAGCUGUUACACUUUAUGAAGUGUAUACAGGAAAAAUUAUGUUCGCAGGAAAAUCAAAUAAUCAAAUGUUGAAAUUUAUGAUGGAUUUAAAGGGGAAAUUCCCAAAUAAAAUGGUGCGGAAGGCACAGUUCAAAGAUCAACAUUUCGAUCAGAAUUGUAACUUCCUGUACCAUGAAAUCGACAAAGUGACACAACGUGAUAAAAUAACUACGUUGUCUGUUGUGAAGAUCACCCGAAAUUUAGAAAACGAGUUGUUGGGUGACCAGGAACUUGACAAGGAAGGUAUGCGGAAACUUGAACAAUUCCGCUCUUUGUUGGAUGCUAUGGUAACACCGGAUAAUUCGAAGCGUUUAACGUGUGGUGAAGCACUUAAGCAUCCGUUUGUUGUAGAAAAAUGA